AUGGAGGAAAGAAAUGAGCAUGGCCACCCCAUUUAUACACUACGUUUGCCUGGAUGGCGGCUGUACGUGGUCAACGCCAACUCGUUGAUCCCGAUCAUUGAGCGCAGGACUCGGACCAUCUCCUUCGCAGCAGUCGAGUCCAAGGCCGCAGCGGCCGUUCUGGGUACGAGCAAAACCACAAACGAGAUCAUGGCCCGUGAUCCUGGCCGCACUCAGAACCACUUCGCCUCGUUCCGCAAGACGGUGCGUCCCGUUUUGGCUCCAGGAAGUGCAACUCUCGAUGCCAUGUUCAAGAGGUCUUUCCAUACAAUGUCACUAUCGCUAGAUGAGCAGCUCACUCCAGGGAGCCCGAGGUCGGUCCAACUGUUGGCGUGGACCGGCCACGAGAUCACCAUGGCGGGAACCUAUGGCGAGUAUGGCGGCGCCAACCCCUUUCAAGACCCCUUUGUGGAGCAAGCAUGGCUAAAAUUUGUGGCAGGACUGCCCGUCCUGGUCUGCGGCUUCUUCCCCAGCAUAUUCGCUAGGCAGAGUGUGCAAGCCCGUGAAUUUCUUGCCCAGAGAUUUCUCUGCUACUUCAAAGAAAACCACCACCUCGGCGGCUCCGGUGCUGUGCUCGCCCGGCUGAGGCACAACACCGAGUCGGGAAUGCCGCUGACGGACACGGCACGAGGCGAGCUCGGAGCGUGCUUGGCGCUCCUCAACAACACCAUACCGGGUUUCUUCUGGCUCGUCUACCACAUCUUCUCGGACCAUGGCGUCCUCCAAGACCUCCGAGAGGAGCUCGCGGGCGCCGUGCGAGUCGGCGCCGACGGCGUGCGCACAAUCCAUGUCGCCCGUGUAAGGUCUUGCUGCCCGAUACUACAGUCUACCGUGCAAGAAGUCUUGCGCUUCCGCGGCAUCGGCACCGGCAUGGUGCGCAGCGUCCUGCAGGACCAGUUCCUGGACUCGCAGUACUUGCUCAAGAAGGGGAGCCUGGUAUUCGCACCCAAUGCUGUGCAACACUUCGCCCCGGCACUCUGGGGCCUCGAUUGCAACAGGUUCAAUCACCGCCGAUUCCUCCGACCGGGAGGGCAGGGUGUCAGGUCGGCAAGCUCGUCUGUACUGCGCAUUUUUGGCGGCGGUUCCACGCAGUGUCCCGGGAGGCACUUUGCGCGAGGCCAGCUGCUCGUCUUUGCGGCGAUGCUCGUCCUGCGAGCCAACAUUCGGCCGGUCAGGGGGGGUUGGAGCUGCAUCAAGGCAGAAAAGUCGUUUGGGUUGGGCAUCGCCACGGGGUUCUUGAUGCCAGAUGCGGACCUGGAAGUAGAGAUUUCGCCGACUGGUGAGCAGACUUGGCGAGUCGACUUUUGCACCAAUGUGUGA